CCCUCUUCUCCUCAGGUUUCCUAUCUAUUUGGCCCAUUUCGCUUUCCAUCGCUUGUGCAGUGUUGAUUGCCGUCCACGACCCUCAAUCUACAUCCAACCCAUCGUGGAUCAGCCCCAGACCCUCGAACCCGCCAUGCACUGACCAACGCCUAACGGCCCCAACUAUACAUUAAAAACGUCACCAGACUCAGAAUCUGCCCGUACUGUCACGACUACCACUCGUUUAGUUCGACAUUAUUAUCACAGCAACAUGGGGGGUCUCACUACACCAGCCAUCAUUGUGAUCGUCUUGGUUGGCUGCCUAGCCAUCACAGCCCUCGGCGCUGCCCUCUUCCGUCACUACCGCCCGCUCGAAGAGGAAGCGCGAUACAGCGCCUCCUACGAACAAGGACAAUACAUGCGUACAGUGCGAAUGCGGAAUUAUGGCCACUUGAAACAGGAGUCGCUAGGCCCAGCGAGGGAUCUCGAGUCACGGUAUACCGCAGACGAGGUCUCGAGUCACUACAAUCCCCACCCAUACACUCCUCGCACACCACGAGAGUAAAGCACCAUGGACUCUUUUUCUACGAAUCUCCGAUGACUACGAAUUAUCACGAUGGAAUUUUUGAUAUGGCAGAAUGUUUACAUGGCCAUUCUAUGCCUACAUUGUCUAUAUGGCGCAGAACGGCGCUUACUAUUGGAAUAUAUGAAAGCAUAGAUGAGUUAGCAGGGCCCAACACCUUGAUCAGAGAUCGAUCGUGUCUUUACACUGACGACUCGGCACAUGGGGGUAUAGGAUACAAUGGAACUUACAGCCUAGGCAUUGGUGGGGUUCUAGCGCAAAUUUUGCAUUUUUUUAGACCAUUGAUUACCUGAUCGCACACUACACAGCAAAAUGUCUGUCUUUCAUUCAAUCGACUUGCAUAAAUCUCAACUC